UCGGAAAGCCACGUCUGCUUGUAAAGAACCUUCCAGCUGCUUCUGCGUCUGCCAGAAAUCAGAACGAAAUAUUGUUUUGAUUUUUUUUAAAGACCGAAUAAAUGAUGUUACCUAAACAAGUACAAUUCUUUACGUUUCUGUGGAUGUUUUACUGUUUUAUAUGUAUUCAAGCUGAGAAAAAAUUUAUUUGUCAAUUAGGAGCUUUUAUAGAAGAUCCUGACGGCAGCAAUGCAUUGCUAAUAGACUCGGGGCGUACAAGGGAGGAUUUAGAUGCUUGCGACGAAGAAAAUCAAAAGAAAUGUAUGCAGACUGUUGAAACACAGGUUAUUGAAGGAACAGGGAAUGGAAAUUUUAGUCUUUCAGUUGAUAAAGAGGAAUACACUAUUGGCGAUGUUCUUUGCGAUAAAGCGGAUGCAGUACAAGAAAAUAUUCGAAAUAAGAUAGUUCAAAUUUAUUGGCGCCUUUGUGAUUCGAAGUGGGAGAGAACCUCUUUCAAAAUGCCUGAACCCCUUUGUUGUGAAGAUGGACUUUACGUUCCCUGUAAUAAACUCAGUUCCUGAUUUGAAAGUCUUAUGAUUAUAAAGACAGUUUUCCACAAAUGCAUCUAUAUCAUAAAUUAAAAUAAUAUAUAUAAUUAUUAUUUUCAUA